ACUCCCUUCAUCAUAAACGAUGAACGAUGAACGAUGGACGAUGGACGAUGGGCGAUGGACGACGAACGACGAACGAUACGAACAUUCUAUCAAAAUAUAACAUCACCGCGCAUAUUUCAUCAAUAACUUUAAUAUCACGGUGACCAAUUUUGAUCAUUUACACCUGCAUUAGAACGAGAAAUGCGGAUAGUUCGGGUCCUUCUUUUGACCAUUCAAAGUUCUUAAUUAAAUCAUGAAUGUGCCUGUGGCUCUAAAAGAUAUUUUGUAGUCACCCGGACUGGUGGACAUGGUGGAUAUGGUGACUGGCUUACAAUUCUGAUUGAUCGAACAAUCACGAGCAUCGUCCAACGAGAAGAGUCACACAUGAAAUACUUCCUUUCUAUUUUCGCAUUUUUUAUUUACUCUUGUAAUGUUAUUCCAAGGUUUUAUCACGCUUCUUAUCUUUUACUACCGCCUAUAUGAUAUACUUUAAUUGUGUGUGUGGGUGUGGUGUCUCACUAAUAUGUGAUUCACAUUAUCCCGCAUGCCCUUAUCUAACAAGGCGCAAUACGAAAAAGAAUGACUACUUACCUCCAGGAAAUUGCUGAAUGACUGACUAUUUAGUGAACAUGCCUUUCCAAAUACCUACUUCCCUGAUUUUCCUACUUAUUCCUGCCUUCAUCUGUCACAGGAAUCUCCACAUUCAAAUACUUUCCAAGUUCAGAGCAACAGGAACCCCGCCUUCGCAAAAUAUACAUAGACCGGCCUCGAGCCGGAUCUGUUGCGGGCAUUAAUCCCAUAUCAUCCUAUACAAUGCCUUUCAAUCAGCUCCAGCGUCGGGACUCCUGGCCUCCAACUAUUAUUCAUCUUGGCGAAAGCAAUCUAGAUCUCGAAUCGAUCGAUGAGAACCCCUUCUCGUACUUCCUCACUUCGCCCGAUGAAAUCACAGAUGAUGAUAUUGAUGACUUCUCUGCGGGAAUCGAGUCCGACGAUGAAGAAAAAUCUGAAGUACGACAGAUUUCUCCUUCUGCGUUACAGCGGGCGCCCCUAGAUGAUGAUGAUGAUGAGGAGGAUGUGUUGUUCGGAUUUGCCAUACCUCUGAGCUUGAAGGAUUUUACAAAAUUUUAUGGUAGUGGAAGGGAAUCGCGGGCUGCACAUAGAAAGGAUAAAAAUCUCAAAGGGCUCGGAAUAUCCAUCCCAGAUUUCACAGCUAGUCGAGGUCGGGCGAAGGUACGACUUACACCUCCACGAAGCCCCAUUCGAGGCCAAACACGAAGCCUACCUCUGCGGAGGCCACAUUCAUGGCGUGAGCCUAGCCCUGAUCUAGGGUCUAUAAAAGAGGAGCGGGAAAGCGAGGACGUCGAGGAAGCAAAGGGAAUCGCUAGCGCGCCGGCGACUUCGGUGGUUUCUAGUAAGGCUGUGGCGAGUCCGAAGCCGAAGAAGAAGGUUCACUGGGCAUUAUGAACUGUGUUGCAUUUUGGAUAAAUUGCACAACAUAUUUGCAUUGCUUGGAGUUUGGGUAAAGGCAUACCGCAAGACUGGGGUUUAAUUGAGCAUACAUCCGUCUUCAGCAUGGUUUUCGGUGUUCUGGUUUUAUAUCAUAUCAUGGCAUGGCAUGGCAUGGCGUAGCAUAUCAUAGCAUACUCUUGCUUUUAUAGCAUAAAUUUUAAGCUUUAAUAU